AUGGAUAUGGAAAGUGUGGAGUAUUUGCAUAAAAAUAAUAUCAUUCACAGAGACCUCAAACCCGAUAAUUUAUGUGACUUCGGUUUGUCUAAAGAAGUGCAUGAAUUGAGUGAUGGAUACAAACAAAGUAGUGUUAAACACACCGAAGAUGUCGGAGAUGUUGAAUAUCAGGCACCGGAAGCACAGACUACUGAAUACAACCAUUUAAUAGAUAUUGGAUCUUAAUUUGCAAAACAAUUAUAAUAUAAAUGUAAAAAAUAAUUUAAUAAAAAUAAACCAAUUAUUGGUUGAAAUGAGUGCUAAUAAGUGGUCAACAAAUGGAAAGACUGAUUGGAGACAAAGACCCGAAUGUGACGUAAUUUUACGCAAAUUAAAUCAUUUGUCGAUUAAACCGAUUGUCGAGAAAUUUGAUUAUUUGUUCAACGAUUUAAGCAAAAAUAAAUUUACAAUAUUUGUAGAUUAUUUUUGUAAAUUAUUUGAAGAUUGUGUG